UCCAGUACAUCCGAGUCGAGUUCAGCUGAAGAAGCUUAUACAAUAGAGGAGGAACCUAGGGAAUCAGUUUUUAUGCCACUUAACAAAGUAAAAUAUGUGAAGAAAAGAUCUGGUAAUAAGAAGCCAAAUUAUCUAGUAAUGGGUAGAAAAUCAAAGAAUAAUCAUUGUAAGUCAAUAGGAAAAUUCACUACUAGCCCUACACAGUAUUUGCCAUUAUGUAAUUUAAUCAAAUAUGAGCAUACAUUAAUAUUAUUUUUACAAUUAAGGAUAUAG